AUGCCGCCUGUCCAGGGGACAUUCAAGCUCCUCCCUGGCCUCGCCCGUUCAGACGUAAACAAUGGCCCGAUCCGCCCCAUGACCUCGAAGCAGGUCAAGAAGGCGCACAAGGCAGCAACUCGCCAGCCGAAGCUUUCGCGUGCGGAGCAGAGACGCCUUGAGCUCGCGGAACAGGAGCGCAUUCGGAAGGAGUUCGAGAAGGAGCGGACUGCGACGCGCGCCCGGGCGGCCAGGGAGCGCAAGAAGCAGAAGGAACUGGCGGACAAGGAGGCGAAGCGGAAGAAUGGGCUACCCCUUGUGGCUCCGAGACCGAGUCAGGAGACAUUGUCACGGUUCAUGUGGGGGAAUGGGAGCGGGUUGAAGCGUGAUGGGCGUGGGGCAACAGUUGCCCCCCCGCCGAUGGCUGCGGUGAGAGAGGAGUCGGCACAGCCAGAUGAGGAUUCGAUGGAACCUGAUGAAGAGGUGGCGAUUCAAAAGGAGCCAGCUAUGGAUGAGAGGGAUGAGGAUGGUGCGGAUGUUCACAUUGAGGAACCGGAGCAAGCACAUUCUCCAGAUGCCGCAUCCCCCAUACCAAACGCAGGCGCCGCACAGUCCGAAGAAUUACCCGGACUACAAGCAAUUGAAGAACCUAUACAGCCUACAAGUUUCCAUGUCGACGAGCCGGAUGAUCUAGGCGCCCCAAGGCUAAGCUCACACGCCCAACCUGAACCUCCGCCUGAGGUAGAUGGAGGCAAAGAAGAUUCGCAGACCACAGGUUCUGAGGUCAGAGAGCCGGCUCCGAAAAAUUCGCCACAACAAACAACCCCUGGGCCAAGUAUUAGCAUUGGCCAUCUUAAAUCUCCGCCUGUGGCCCCAGGGGAAGAGGAGGCUUUGAAGUCUGCAGCAAGCGGGGGAAGCUUCAUCCUGGAAUCCUCAGAUAUGAUCGACGAUGAAUCCUUACUGGAACUAACGGAAUGCUUUGAACGCAGACCUGUAUCAGAAGGGCAGAAAACCACAGCCACAGGUCCACAAAAUGCAGCAAUUCCAAACCCCGAAAUAAACAUACCGGACAACUUGUCCGACAACCUACCUGAUGGUAUUCCCGACGAAUUCUCAGGCGAUUUGGCUGUUCUUGGGGCAAUCACGCAGUUAUUUCACGAUAUGGAUGAUGAUUCCGACUACGGGAUGAUCGGAGAUGAGGUAAUAGAAUCGCACGGACGCCCAUUGGAAGAAGUAGUACUGCCCCUUCCAGAACUUCACGAUGAUAAAACGAAACCGGAAGCGAUUUCUGAAGACCAGGUUUCGCCCCUGCCACAGAGGAGUCAGAGACGCAGAUUAGAGAGGAAAGUUUCCAGCUUUUUUGGGAGCGAGUUGGACGAUGAAUUGCUCUUACAACUGGAGUUGCCCGGCGAGGUUAUAGUAUCUCAACCAUGCCAGCCGGUAGACGAGCCGCCGCAACACGAGUCUCCCCUGAAACAAGACCAUAACAUUGGCGGUACAGGCCGCCGUAGCACACCAAGCUCACCCCUGGCUCCACGUCAACGACCUCCUCCCAGCACGCAAGCUAUCCUCCUCAACCUCGACGAGUACUUACCUUCUUCUACGCAACUAGCACUGGAACUCGACGAGGAUGAUAUCGAAGAAGACUUCCCUGCGGUGGAAGCUACCGAGCAGGUAGAACAGCACCCACCAAUUCCACGUCAGGACCCCCCACCGGCGAGCAGACAGGGUGUGCAGCCGACAAUGGCUGCUCCACAGAGCGCUGGCCCGCCCGUUCGACCGCAAAAGCGAUUCUUCAGCUCCUCUGGUUCCAACGAGUCGUUGCAUCUCGCACUACAUCUUAGUCGGCGCACGGCAGCUCGAGAGGGUAUCCGCAGGAAUAACCAGCGACGCAUCGAGGCCGGUUUGCUCCAAGACCAAGGACGAACGAUAAGCCAGCCGCCGAGACAUCAGCACAAAAGACCAAAAAUCCCUAGCUUUGCUACGAAUUAUCAAGUGGAACAUGACCCGCCGGUGCAGAAUGCUACGAGGACAGCGAGGACUAUGGUUGACGAGGUACCAAGGCCAAGUCCCCCCAACCCUACAAAGGGAAGGCCGAGCGUCGGGAACGAGCACUCGAGCACAAAAUCAGCAGUGGCGAUCAAGAGGAAUGAUACAAACAAGGAGAAUAUACCGCCGGAACGGGUGACUGAUGACCUCUUGGGCUCUGACUUGCCAGCUUCGCAGGAGACGGAGUAUGGUGGCGCUUGGAUGGACGACAUCGGGCUGGAUUUGGAUAUCUGA